UGUGUGUUAUUUGUCCGCCACGGCCUCCCGUGCUUGGCUCUGCCUGGGAAGCAUAGAGGCGGGGAGGGAAUGGUGUAGCAGGCAAGAGGCUGUGAAACUACCCCAGGGGAAUGUGAAAACUUAAAAAGACUGAAGUCACCUACAAGACGCCGUGUCUGCGUGCCCCAACACUACCUGGUUUCUCAUGGAAGCAGAUGGAUUUGUAAGGAGGCGUCGGAUGACAGCGGAGACUACAGGCAAUGAUCCCGGAGUUGCUGGUGCAUCUGCCGGGGCAGAAGUUCGAUGGCUGGGGGGCAGAUUCUGGGGAGUUUCGGAAACUAUCGUGGGGAGCCUGUCGCCCCGGAUCGGAGGGGAAACGGAGCUACAGACUGUUGAAUGUAUCCGCAGUGCACAGGAUGCACAAACAGAGGACUCUGAACCAGACUAUGAGGGUUUGCCACAGGGAGCCUCCACUAGCACCCACAUGUUGGCCGGAGCCGUGGCCGGGAUCAUGGAGCACUGCCUCAUGUUCCCCAUCGACUGUGUCAAGACACGAAUGCAGAGCCUCCAGCCCGACCCCGCAGCCCGCUACAGGAACGUGAUGGAUGCCCUUCGCCGGAUCGUAGCCACAGAGGGAGUCUGGCGGCCAAUGAGAGGGCUGAAUGCAACAGCAAUUGGGGCGGGACCUGCCCAUGCCCUCUAUUUUGCCUGCUAUGAGAAACUCAAAAAGACUCUAAGUGAUGUCAUUCACCCAGGGGCUAACAGUCAUUUGGCUAAUGGAACAGCUGGGUGUGUGGCCACUCUGCUUCAUGAUGCAGUCAUGAACCCAGCUGAAGUUGUGAAGCAGCGCAUGCAGAUGUAUAAUUCACCCUACCGCGGCGUGUUGGACUGUGUACGCGCCGUGUGGCAGAAAGAGGGCCCUGCUGCGUUCUACCGCAGCUACACCACCCAGCUCACCAUGAACGUGCCCUUCCAGGCGCUGCACUUCAUGACCUACGAGUACCUUCAGGAGCUGCUCAACCCCCACAGACAGUACAAUCCAUCAUCCCACAUGUUGUCCGGAGCUUUGGCUGGAGCCAUUGCGGCUGCGGCCACCACACCUCUGGACGUCUGCAAGACCCUGCUCAACACCCAGGAGUCUCUAACCCUCGGCUCCCUGUCUUCCGGCCAAGGCCCCGGCAAGGGCCAAGGUCAAGCCCACAGACAAAUAUCAGGCCUGGCCCAUGCCUUCCGGACAGUGUACAGGCUGGGCGGCCUGCAGGGCUUCUUCAAGGGAGCCCAGGCGAGGGUCAUCUACCAGAUGCCCUCCACAGCCAUCAGCUGGUCGGUCUAUGAGUUCUUCAAGUAUGGACUCACCAAGCACCAGCACAACAAGAGGAGAGCACAGCACAUGGAGGUUUAGAUGUAGAUGUCUCCUUGGUUUAAUCUCGUCUAAUAUUGCUCUGCCCUCCCUGUGAGGAGAAGAUGAAGUCAAUACGCACAUAGAAUCUGAUUUAAAAUCCGCCUCAAUGGUCCCAUCCCUUUCAGACAUAGCAAACAAGAAAGACAUCUUUGAAGACAGUUCAAGUACAGUAGUUACAUUUCAGCUACACUAUUUCAAGACUAGUUAUGGUUUGAGUUAUAUUCUUUCUCUCUUCUAGGAGAAAACAUUUACACAGUAUUAUAGAACUAGUUCAUCUGGAAUUUUUUUUAAAGCCAUUCUUGUGACCACUAUGUUUCUCCAAGCUGAGGAUAAAUGUGAAGAAUGCACAAGUUUGGAAGUGGGAAGUUAGUCAGCAGAGGGCAGUAGUGUUACUUUGUUAACUUUCUUGUAGUUUCAUAAGCUUCGCUAUCCUAGGACCAGAUUUGUAUUUUCACCCAUCCAAAUCUUGAGUUUGAAAACAAAACUUUUACUGACUCCUGAUUCGGACCCCUUUCUGGAUUUAUGAAUAAAACUUUUUUUUUAAUCUCAUAACAGACUAUUCUCACAGUAGUAGUACGCACAGGCAUUCAGUCCUUAACCCAAAAUAUAUGAAUUUGAUCUAAUUUAAAAGUAUUUCGGCCAUUCAGAAUCAAAAGCAAAUUACCCUUUCUGACAACGUUUUGUUGUUAACCUUAUCCACGUUCAUUUCCUGGCAUGGAUCAGUACUCUGAUACCUUAACCUUCCAAUGUGGCCGUUCAAAUAGUCAAGACCAACUUUUAUAUCUUGAUUAAUUGAACUGUGUCUUUUGAAAUGUAGUCCAAUAGUAUUUGGUGAUUUCACCGGUCAACAAAAAAGACCAUAAAUCAGGUUUGGGGAUCCCUUUAUGUUUUGCUAUUGACUGUUAACAGUAUAAAUAUGAUGGGUCAAAUAUUUCCCCCCCCCCUUUUUCAAAUGUCGAUGUUUAAGAUUGUUCCCUAUAAUGCAAUUGGACAGAAAAAUACCAAUUUACAGGAGCUCUGAGGUAUCUGAAGUGGUGUUUACAUUUAUUUUAAAUAAUUUUGAUUCCUUAAAUGGUAUUUUAUUUCCAGCAAAUAUAUUACUUUAAACGUUCCCUUUUGAACUUUUCCCCCAUUUAUGUGUUAAACCAACCCUCGGAUCCUCCAAAUACUCACCAUUAAUGCCUUGUGUAGAUUGACAGAGCAGACCAGGGCAGCGUAAGAUUGCCAUUUCUGUGCAUUAACUGUAGCCAUCAGCCUGUUUUCAGCUUGUGAACUUAGUUUCAAUAUCUGUGAUCAAGAGCAAAAGUUGUGUACAAUAUACUGUGCCCAAAAGAAGAAUUUAACUUAUCAAGGAGUUCAGUAUCCCACAAGAUAUGUGUCUGUUCCCCCAUUGAGUACACCUAAAUGGAAGCUGUCAUUCUUACUGAUUGAUGUCUGAUUGUUUCCGACACUGAAUUGCACUCGUUGAAUAAAGACUGAGCGGUGGGAAUCUACUCACUGCUCAUAAAUGAUGGGA